AUGAAAAGUUUACAAAUUUCUUUAAAGAAAUUAAAACUUUUACUUUCAAGUUCGAGUACGAAUUUAUUUUAUCAAUCUACUACUGCUACUUUAUUAGCUACCACUACCGCUACUACUACUACUACUACUACUACAAACAAACUCUCAUUAGUCUAUCAACAAUCUUCAAAUUCAUUACAUACUACUACUACUUCAUUAUCUCAUUAUUAUCUCACCAAGAACCAUCAUCAUCUUGAGUUCAAUAUGAUGUUGUAUAAACUAACGAUUUUGUUUCAUUUCACUUUUCAUACAGACCCAAGUUGUCCAUCUUCAAUGAGUUCAAACACUUUAAAAUCAACUGCGACAGAUUCAUCUCCACCAACGCACUGGGAUCCAAAACAAACUCCUUAUCCAAAAGCAAGAAGAGAUGAAUCAUUUAAAGAAACUUUUAAAAGUCAAGUAAAUGGUGAAGUUGAAGUUCAUGAUCCUUAUCAUUGGUUACACGAACCACCCAACAAAAGUGAAGAAACACAAAAAUUUGUUAAUGAUCAAGCCGAAUUUACUAAAAGUUUUUUAUCAAAUUAUUCUAAAAAAGAUGAAUUACACUCCAAGAUUUUAAAGAAUUGGGAUUAUCCAAAGUUUAGUUGUCAUUCAUUAAAAGGAGAUGGGUAUUAUUACUUUAACUAUAAUUCAGGUUUACAACACCAAUCCAUAUUGUAUCGAAUCAAAAAAGGUCAAGAAUCCAAUUCGAUCCAAUCUUCCUCUGAACCAGGAGCCGCACAAGGACCAGGUGGUUCAUUAUUCUUUGAUCCGAAUUUAUUAUCUUUAGAUGGAACCGCUUCUCUUUCUUCAAUUGUCUUUUCCAAACCUGGUAACUUUGUGGCUUAUGGUGUUUCACUUUCGGGGAGUGAUUGGACUACGAUUUAUGUUCGUAGAUCUGAUUCACCUCAUUUGAAGUCGGCUGAAGAGGGUGGUAAACGUGGUGAAGAUCCUGGUAGACUUGAUGAUGUGAUUCGAUUUGUUAAAUUCGGUUCAGCUACUUGGCUUCAUGAUGAAUCUGGAUUCUUUUAUCAACGGUUUCCUGAAAAGAAUCAACAUGGAAGUACAGAACAUAAAUCAGGAACUGAUACAGGAGCCGAUUUAAAUGCAAUGGUUUAUUUUCAUAAACUUGGUGAUCCACAAGAAAAAGAUAUCCUUAUACUAGAAGAUCCAGAAAACCCAGAAUACAUGUGGGGAACAGGAGUCACAGAUGAUGGAAAGUAUCUAAUUAUGUCAACUGCAAAAGAUUCAUCAAGAUCCAAUCGAUUAUGGAUUGCAAAACUGGAUGAUCAAUCGAUUGGGCCUAAUCUUAAAUGGCAUAAGAUUGUAAAUGAAUUUGGGAAUGAAUUUGAUCUGUCUGCAAAUGAUGGAAGUCGAUUUUAUAUCGUUACAAACAAAGAUGCACCCAAAAGAAAAGUGGUGGUCUAUGAUUUAGAAAAACCUGAAUUAGGUUUCCAAGAUUUAAUUCCAGAAGAUCCGAAUGCGAUUCUAGAAACAUUUUUUCCAAUCCAUCAAGAUAAAGUGAUUAUAGGUUAUUCAAAAGAUGUGAAAGAUGAAUUAUUUAUUUAUGAACUUUAUACGGGGAAAAAAAUUAAACAAUUUGCUCAAGAUAUCAUUGGAUCUUGUGCUCAGAUCACUGGUAAGAGAGAGCAUAAUGAAUUCUUUUUUAUGUUUACUGGAUUUUUAAGUCCUGGAACAAUCUAUAGGUAUAAUUUUGAUGCACCAGAAGGAAAAGAAAUGAGUUUGUUUAGAGUAACUGAAUUAUCUGGAUUAAACCCAGAUGAGUUUGUUUCAAAACAAGUGUUUUAUAAAUCUAAAGAUGGAACUCAAAUCCCAAUGUUUAUUACACAUCGUAAAGAUUUUAAACAAGAUGGUACUGCUCCUGGUUAUCAGUAUGGUUAUGGUGGAUUUUCGAUUAGUAUCAAUCCUUUCUUUUCUCCUGCUUUAAUGACUUUUGUGGCUCAUUAUGGAGCUGUAUUAGCUGUUCCUAAUAUCAGGGGUGGUGGAGAAUAUGGUGAAGAUUGGCAUUUAGCUGGAACUAAAGAAAAGAAACAAAACGUGUUUGAUGAUUUUCAAUAUGCAACUAAAUAUUUAGUUGAUCAUAAAUAUGUCGAUCCAACAAAAGUGACCAUUAAUGGUGGUAGUAAUGGAGGACUUUUGGUUGCUGCUUGUGUGAAUCAAGCUCCUGAAUUAUAUGGUGCUGCUUUAGCUGAAGUAGGUGUAUUAGAUAUGUUAAGGUUUCAUCGAUUUACUAUUGGACGUGCUUGGACGGCUGAUUAUGGUAAUCCUGAUGAAGGAGAAGCUUUUGAUUAUUUAAUUAAAUAUUCACCUUUACAUAAUGUUGAUCCAAAAGUAACUUAUCCUGCAUUAAUGUUAUUAACAGCUGAUCAUGAUGAUAGAGUAGUCCCAUUACAUUCAUUUAAAUUCGCGGCUGAACUUCAAUAUCGUUUAUCAGAAAAUCCUAAUCCACUUUUACUUAGAUUAGAUUUGAAAGCAGGUCAUGGUGCUGGAAAAAGUACAGCUAUGAGAAUUCAAGAAUUUACUGAUAAAUUGAGUUUUGUGGCUAUGAAUUUAGGACUUGAAUGGAGAGAUUAA